CCUCUCCUUUCAAUGUUUCUACUCUGAAACAUCCCACUGAGUCCUCUCCUUUCAAUGUUUCUACUCUGAAACAUCCCACUGAGUCCUCUCCUUUCAAUGUUUCUACUCUGAAACAUCCCACUGAGUCCUCUCCUUUCAAUGUUUAUACUCUGAAACAUCCCACUGAGUCCUCUCCUUUCAAUGUUUCUACUCUGAAACAUCCCACUGAGUCCUCUCCUUUCAAUGUUUCUACUCUGAAACAUCCCACUGAGUCCUCUCCUUUCAAUGUUUCUACUCUGAAACAUCGCACUGAGUCCUCUCCUUUCAAUGUUUCUACUCUGAAACAUCCCACUGAGUCCUCUCCUUUCAAUGUUGUUCCUCUCCUCCCCUAGCGGACCUGGAGAAGAUGUGUAGUCUGGAGAGGAUCUCCUUCCUCCAGGAGAAGCUGCAGGACAUCAGGAACCACUACCUGUCUCUCAAGUCUGAGGUGGCAUCCAUCGACAGACGGCGCAAACGCAUCAAGAAGAAAGAGAGAGAGAGUACAGUGGCUGCAUCUUCCUACUCCUCCUCUUCCUCGUCCCCGUCCUCCAGCUCUCUAACAGCAGCGGUGAUGUUGACACUAGUCGACACUCCUGUGUCGUCCUCUUCCUGCUCUCAGAACUCUGUGGUGUCUGUAGAGUGUAGGUGACAGGACACCCCUCACCCUCCCAACCUU